AAACUAGUUUGCAGGACCGCCGCUAUUGCUGAAGCAGCGAUGGCCACAGCGGCUCCGGCCGCGGAGGAUCUCCUCCAACCAGGACACGUCGUUAAGGAACGGUGGAAAGUGGUUAAGAAAAUCGGUGGCGGUGGUUUCGGAGAAAUUUAUGAAGGCCUAGAUCUCGUAUCCAAGGAGCUUGUCGCUCUCAAACUUGAAUCGGCAAAACAGGCUAAACAGGUGCUGAAAAUGGAAGUAGCCGUCCUCAAAAAGCUGCAAGGUCGUGAGCACGUUUGUCGUUUCAUCGGGUGCGGACGUAACGAUCGCUUCAACUACGUCGUUAUGCAACUACAGGGGAAGAACCUUGCCGAACUCAGGCGAUCACAACCCCGCGGGGCGUUUGGCCUGUCCACAACGUUGCGGCUUGGGUACCAGAUACUUCAGGCGAUUGAGAGCAUACAUGGGGUCGGUUUUCUACAUCGUGAUAUCAAGCCUUCAAAUUUUGCUAUGGGACGCUCGGCGCACAACUGUCGUAAGGUCUACAUGCUUGACUUCGGUCUAGCGAGGCAGUACAUCACCGCGUCAGGCGAAGUGCGACCUCCGCGAGCGGCCGCAGGGUUCCGAGGAACAGUCCGUUAUGCAUCUAUAAAUGCCCAUAAAAAUAAAGAAAUGGGGCGGCACGACGAUCUCUGGUCGUUGUUUUAUAUGCUUGUUGAAUUCGUUAACGGACAGUUGCCCUGGCGGAAAAUUAAGGACAAAGAGCAGGUUGGAAUUAUGAAAGAAAAGUAUGACCAUCGGCUACUGCUCAAACAUCUCCCUUCGGACUUCAGACAAUUUUUGGACCAGAUCUCGACGCUUGACUAUUACGAAAAACCUGACUACGCCAGUCUACUUAGCAUUUUUGAGCAUUGUAUGAAACGACGCGGUGUAAAGGAGUCCGAUCCGUUCGACUGGGAAAAGACCUACACGGACUCAAGCCAGGCAAACAAUUCUACCUCGACGCAGGGCCCAAGCAAACCCACUCCCGAGACCAUUCCAGCGGCAGCUGCCGUCACCACGACGCCAAUUACGACGCAAGCGCAGACCGCGCAGACCGACAACCUUCUCGCGGCUGGCGGAGGCGGUGCAUCCGAGGAGAACGUAAUAGGCUCCUAUGACGAACAAGCUCCUCCGCCCGAACUGCGAGGGCGAACGCCGAAAUUGAUCGCACCUCCUCACGCAGCGCCUUUGCAUGCCGGGGCGCACCCGGGCCAUGCGGUGCCCCCUACAAGUAUCGACAUUGGCGUGGGCGCUGGCGACCUGCCCGCCGGCUUGAGCGCACCGCAUCCAGGCAGGCUCUACCCGGACAACGUGCGGCCACUUGUUCACGAGCAGAACAACAAUGUGCAACAGUUGAACGCCGGCGAGGAAACGCCAACUGUCGACGAACGCACAAAGUCGCGGUUGACGCUAGAGCAAAAAACAGAACCAUCCGGGCAUGGUCUAGGCGGCUUGGGCGGCAUUGGCGCUGGAGUAGGCCACGGAAUUGGCGUUGUAAUGAGCGCCAGCACCGGUCGAAUGUCCCACUCGACCCUAGCGGGCGAGUCACGUGGCUCAAGCCCAGCGGAUCGCGACAGCCGAAACGGCACCCGAGAAGCGAGGGAAGGCCGCGAGGGUCGAGAAGGUCGAGAGCCGAUACGCGACAGGAUGUUGUCAGGACAUCACACGCUACCAGCGCACCGCCAUCCCCAGAGGAGUCAGAGUGCGACCGCGGUUCCCGCCGGGAUGGCGCUCGACGAGGGUAGCAAACUCAAAUCUCAGUCACGGCAGGAAUUUGAGCACGCGCAACAGCGUCCGUCAGCUGGUUCUUACCGUCGUCUGCAUCACGUUCGCCGUUCGGCGACAUCCGGUCGAGACGCGUCGUACACGCAGUUCGCAGUAGCCGACGAUAUUUCGGCAAUGCAAAACGUCACGAGGGGAGGCAUCGCGGCGAUGACGCUUGCGUCAAGGUGGCAAGGUUCUUUCGACGAUUCGGAGGAGACAGAUCACGAAAUGGAUGAGAAUAACGCUACCUCCCCGGAACAAGCUGCAAAGAACGAACAUCGUAACAAGCAGAUCAGUGAACGUCUUGAAGAAGGCCGUAUGGUGAUCGGUGAUGAAGCUGACGCGCCUUCAGCACUAUCGGCCAAGCAGGGCGUGCUUCAGACUCAGAUGCGACGCGCGAUGAGUCAACCAGCUUGUGCCAGCAGAUCGGGUAGUGAACGCGGCCUCGCACGCGUCUGGAGUUGCCCUUCAAUCUCGUUGCGAAGUUGUCCUGAAGAGGAGAACGGGCAUGCGCAGCAGCCUGUAAAGCAGCAAUCUCUGGACUCCGCCCUAAAGGAUGCAGAACGUCAAAAACAGGAACCGGAGCGCAGGUCAUCGUUUCCAUCAAUCCAUUUAAGAGGGACUCCGCCGGGGGGUCAAGAGGACCGUGAAGAGGGCGACCAACACAGUUCCAAUUCGGCGUCGAACGACAAGAGUGGAUCGCGUUUACCUAAGGGCAUUCUCAAAAAUAAACUAAUCUUACAGCACCAGACGCUCGAGCAAGCUAAAGAACCUGAAGGGUCGGUAUACUUCGACGCACCGUCGCAUCUGCGCGGAGAAAGCGCUAGCCCCACGGCCGGUCGGUCCGAAGAGCAGCUAGGAGAGGCAGCAGCUGCGACCACACUUCUACUCACUACUGCCAUGACCAUUACAUCCAUCACAUCACAAAUGCAAUCGCAAACGCAAAUGAUUAAAGUCUCCGAUCUGGCAGGCGCGCUGCGCCGUAACUGCGAAGUCGGUAGCGGUCAACAAGUAAGUUCAUCGACUUCAGCCACGAAGCCGUCUCGCAUUCCUGUUAAGUUAGACUCACCUGUUCAAAUCAGGCAUCGACAACAGCAACAUCAACACACUCACGCCGCUGGGGGAACCCCUAAUCACCAGCGAAGGAGACCACAGUCGAUGGUUGAACGAGACCCAGAAUUCCAGGAUGACGAUCGAGGUCUUCGAAGCGGCUCAGUAGGUCGUCUGGCCAACGGCCAAGAUCCAAGUGCCAAUCGUGGAUCCUGGUCAGGCGGAAUCGGUAUCCUACAGGUACCGAUGUGUGUGCCAGUCUUUCCCAGCGUUGGAAGUGGCCCCAUCGAAGAGGCUUCCACUACACAGCAGUCGACGCCGCCCCUGCCUUCAAGCGGCGGCGUUAUCGUCCCUUGUCGCCUAGUGACCUUGACAAAUGACCUUGGCUCUGAUGGCUCCGGUUCUAGUGAGGACGAGGAUGACCGAGGCGCGGGAGCGGAUCAGGUGCAAGCGCAGCGAGUUCUCGUUUUUGAUUCGAAUGUCCGCCUUCCGCGAAUGCAGCAGUUAGAGCGGGUCAUGUCGCACAGCGACGUCCGCAUGAACGGGUACUUUGUCGAGGGUGGAGGAAGUGAGGGCGAGGAGGAAUGUGACGAGGACUCAGAUGACGAUGACGACGAGGAAUACGUAGACAUGCCAUUAGCGGAGAAGCUGCAGCAAAAACCGUGUUCCACUGGAUUUGACCGAGAGCAUCGUAAUGUCGUCGAAGUGCGAACCGCUCUAACACCGCAGGCGUUUUCGUUUCCUGCUGAUUCCGCAAGCACCAAGAAAACUUCUAGCGCAAACAACGGACAGGCAAUUGUAGCACACCCUUCAUCAAGGUUCGUCGUCACGCCUCACGAGUCGAGUAUAGACUUCGUCGCCAGAGAAGAUAACGCCGAAAGCGAUGAAGUCGAAUAUGAGGACGAAAUAGGCGAAGAACGAGAACAGGAAGAGGGUAACAGUGAUGCAGUAGAAGAUCAAAACGAAAUCGCCGACGAAUCGGAAAAUUCCAAGGGGGAUGAUGACGAAGUCGAAGAUGACGAUGCAAAUAGGAGGCCGUUUGUAUCGCCAUUGAACGUAGUUCAACGUGUGAUCACGAUAACGCAGCCCGGGGCUGGAGAGGGACCCAGCUCCAAAGAAGACGGAAAUAGUGAAAAUGAUAAGAAUAACGAUGAUGAUGAUGAUGAUGAGGAGGAGGAGGAGGAAGCAGAAGAUCAAACGGGUCCAAAAGAGAGUGAAGAGGCUGACGCGGAAGGCGACGAAUCACCAGAAGGGAAAACUGCAUCUGACACAGAUGAUCAGGAUGGAGAGGGACAAGAUGGUCGGCAGCUAAACAAAAAUCAGGCAUCUCCAUCAACGUGGAAUGGCGCCAACGAGAAGGCUACCGAAAGUUCGGACGUACACUAUGAGUCAGACGACGAGGAACACGGCGAAAAUGGCGAACGGGAACGUGAUGGCGACGAAGCAAGUGAUGAUGGUGAUUGCGUGGUUGGAGUAAACAGAGACAGUCGCCACGACAACAAUGAUGAUGAUGAAGAUCAAAACGACAACAACAAUAGGUCUGAAGCUUCCUCGGAUCACAACGACUUACCCAGGUCAACGUUAGUGUCAUCAACUAUUGCUGCACAACCAACACGUUCUCAAUUUCCGACGAAGCAGAUUGUAACCGGCGAAGCCCCUCAGAAUCUCAUGUCUCAACCGCCAGCAGAAGUGAAACAAUCGGCUGCAAAGACAAUGGUCAUGGCUGUUACUGGUUCCCAGACAUCGUCAGUGCACACGGUGUGCGUCCCUUCUCCCCUAAAGAAAAGUCCUACCAUGCUGAGCAAACAGGAGGAAGCUAAAAUUGCGCGCUCUCUGGAGAGGAAACAGAGUGCCCAUGCGCCGUCCAACCUGAAGCCGAAUGUCGUAAUCCGUUAUGUCGUCAUUAAUAAUGACGAUGAUAAUGAUGACAGUAGUGGUGAAUAUACCUACGAAGAAGUUGACGAGGACAUAGAGGACGGCCCUAAACAAAACAAAGACCAGCAGCAGUAGCAACAAUAACAAAGCCCCACGGAUACUGUUACCACCCCUUCGAUUGAACAGAGCAUGAACGACCUCAACUGCCUGAAAAGUCACUCAAGGGAAACUAGAUCUAAUCACGUGCAGGAAAAACCUGCCACUCUUAAUCUGUUGUUUGGAAGUAGCCAGUCCUCUCUUGGUCCGUUCUUCUAGUAGCCUGUAACUGCGAUCGAGGAAGGCGGGGAAUAAAUAACUGAAAACACCGAAAGGGAAUAGGCAUUAAUGGCUACGCGGGCGUACGAGUCACUCGUUACAUGUGCUACGACUAUUGUCAUUUAACUAUUUGCGAUAGUUAAUUAAGCAGAAAAACACGCGCACCCUUCCCCUUUUUUACCCACUUUAGUCAUCGUUCCUUCUCACUGGAACAGCACCAGCAACUCGCAAAACGGAGCAUUCAUUGUAUGUAUAUUGACACAUAUGUAUGGCAGGAAAGGGAAGAAGUGCUAUGGUGGCCGAUUUAUACCUAUGACUCAAUAUAUGGUAAGUCCCUGACCGCGAACCCAGUUAGAGUACAGUCCCAUUAUUGAGUCACCAGGGCCAAGAACGGAAUACGUACAGAAAGAUGUAUUAGAACGAAACGCCGGCAGCAAAUCGUCGCUGUGAAAAAGUGCGGUAAACAUAAAGCAUGUCUGUGAACGCAAUGCAGAACGGCACCAAACGUGCAGGUGUCGGAUAAAAUGUACUCGAUGCAAAGAAGUAGGAAACAGAAUGCAGGCGGAUGAAAAGAAAGAAGGAACAGAUGGAUGAAUCGGUUGCGAAUACUGAGCGAAGAAAGGACCAGCCGAUCGAAUAGGGGAGGGCAAUCGUCCCCAACAUAGAUGAUGAGAUAGAAGGCAGGUAUGGCCGAGAUUGUCUUAAGAGUGUCAACAACGAGAGACCCCCAUUCAUCGAUAAAUCGAUACUCGAGAGACACAUCAAAGAGCUUUUAUUAGUCGCAGUGAGUAAUGAUGAUGCAGAAGCCGCAAGCGAAUGAAUAGGUUAACUAGGCACGAACUACAGGUUUCGGUGAAGGAGCGACCUGAACGUGCGUCACACGUCAAGUAAAUGAUUUCAGAACAAGUAUUGACCUGAUUGAUAGUGGUAUCUACAGGCGAGGUGUUCUCGAACUGCGGUAUUCUCAGCGGGUUUAUUUAAAGAUUUACCAUUGAUUGAUUCUUCAGUAGCAGCAGUAAGAUGAUUAUGACAACCGUAUCUAUAAGAAAACGCGAAAAGCGCAAUAAUUCGGGUAUAAUAGCAAUUAUGCUGAUUGUACUAACAUAUUAAUAAUUAUUACAUACUAUUCAUUAGCAGCAAACAUGUGCAAAACGAGCCGAUAAUGCCCAAUGACUAAGAAGGCUGGUUCUGUAUGCGUUCGAUAACUUCUACGUACUAACGUAAGAUAUAUAUAUAUAUAUAUAUAUAUAUAUAUAUAUAUAUAUAUAAGGUGGUGAGUAUGAUUCUCUUCUGUUAGAGCCUUAGUUGGGAUCAUUUAGUAGAUUACAAACGCUGUCUGCUAGACACUAAUCACAUAAAUGUUUUGAAAUAUUCUUUUAGUAUUUGAUCCUAAAUAAGUGUCGCCGCAGGUUGUGUCGGUAGUCCACAAGAAGAAGAGAAAAUCCUAGAGGAUUCAAUUCGAAAGAGGUUCCAUCAAAUUCGAAUGAUUGCCAAAGUUGGAUUCAGGAUCCUCUAGACCUAAUAGGGCAGCAAAAGGGUUUGCCGUCAUUGAGCUUGAUUUCUAGUUCUUUCUUGCGAGGUGCAAUAGAUGUCACGAUGACGGCUAAGGCAUGCAUUCGCAUAAUCCAACUUACCAAGCUUAUAUAUAUAAGUUAGAUUUAUACAUAUAAAUCUAACUUAGAAGAUAUUUGAGUAAGCACACGUCGAAGAAAUCGCUUAAGGGCAGCAUUUGUAUGAAGUACUGAUUUAGACAUCUUCCACUCUGCAAUGCUAGACGAUUUUAUUGAGAUUAAUGGUUAAACAGUAUUCAAGCACUUACUUAAUAAUGAGUAAUAACUUGAGUAAUAGUCAAGGUGAAUGUGGCAAAAUGCUUUGCAGUGUGCAAUUAUAGUCGAGUCCCUUUUUAAAUUUUGGCUAGGAGGUUCCGUUUCUCCGGCAGCUAUUUUAUGUAAUCAGGGUUUAGGGCUAUUUUGAAGCAUUUACGUAUGUCUAAAAGCAAGAAAAUAGUUUCCUAUUUUCUACUGGUCUUACUAAAGUGAAGCAGACCUGAAAUUACUAGUCAAAUCUAGAACUGCCUUCGCUGACCUGUUAUUGAACGCGACUUGCUUCUAAUGAAAUCAAGACAAUAGCAUACAGAUCUUCGCAACAACAAAGUAAACCAAAUACAAAUUGCUGCCUUAUAGUUUUAUGUGAAACGGAUAAUGUUGAGUUAUAUAUAUUUAAAUAAUAACACUAUAUUUUCUGUUACUUUUGUUCGGAGCUUGUCGUUAACUUCUGAUAUUUGUUGCUUCCACGUAUAUAGAACCUUAUUUAUUACCAACUAUAUCUAAAUCAAAUUGCAUGAUUCCUAACGCUGCGUCGCUAUUGAUGAUCGAACGAACGCCUUGGGCUCUGAUGGCCAACAUUUGCGGCCCGAUAACGAGGUUUCGUGUAGGAAGCCAGUCGUCUGAAGUAAUUCCUUACGACUAAAGUACUACACGUAAAACACGCAAAUUUAUGCCUCACCAACAAUCGCAAAUCGCCUUUAAGAACUCAAUGAAAUCUACGUUCGCCGUUUGCAAGUUGCAUAGCCAGUGCAAUCACCCAAAGUUUCUUGCAGUUCCACUCCGAAUAACUUCUUAUAUCUAUAAUUCUAUCUAAUAACAUUAUUGGACCUUUUCUAAACCCUACGCGCUAUACGAGUCGACCAUAAUCUUUCUUCUUCUUCUUUCACAAUUCACGAUGUGUGCACGACAUAGCAAAGGAUCUAUUACCGCUUUCCGCGUUAUAGACGUCUGUGCGUUUGGCAUUCUGGUCGUUGUCGCUCGUGGCCUGUAGUUAAACGGUUGACUUAUCUGUUGUCAAUUACGGCAGAACAGCAAAUACCACAACUGUAUCGCAACUGUCGCGUAUACAUUGUACGCAAAGCUAUAUACUGCAAGCAGACAGAACAAACGUAAUGCUGCUCGCCACGCUCGCAUAUUCAGUCAGACGUUUACCUUAUCGUCUAUGGGAUGUCAUUGUGCUGGAUAAGUGUACAAAAUGUAAAUAUGACUCACUAAUAAGAAGCGCAACAGAAGCAUGCAAAAUGAACAGAUCAAGCUUGUCUAUGAUGAUUUAGUGACAUGUAGCUGAUACGCAACAAUGCGACAUACGAAAACUAGUAGAGAACAGCUUCGCCCUAGGAGUUACCCAACCAUUGAACGCAAGGCUAAAAUAGUCCAAUUAUACGACGUAGGUGGCAUGAUACGAGAGAAAAGCAUGGGUAGAGAUGGAACCUAUAUAGCCCAGCUGCGGAAAGGUACACGAAAAUAAAUAUGAAAAAUAAAAACAAGAAGCGCGCGAGAAAGCAAGGACGAAAUAGGGAAAAAGGCCAAUUGGACAUCGAGACUGAGCUGACGAGAAAUGCGUUUGCUUCCAAUAAUGACGACGAGGACGAUGCUGCCCAAUGAUAAUUAUGAUUACUAUAACGAGAAUAGUUACUAUAAUAAUAUUAUAUAUCACUAUUACGACGCACUUUAGUGAAUAAAACUCUAGAAUUAAAUAAAUAAUAAUACAUAUAAUGCUAAUAGAGACAAUACAUAUAAAAACUAUUACAUGUAAAACAAGAUGAACGAAAUGAAAUAGUAGUGCACGGUUAUAUUGUGGGGGUUUGCGGGGAUCAGGGAUGGAACCGCCAAGGGGCGAUCCAGGAACUCAUGCAGAGUAAAAUUCCGAUAGAAUGAACGGACAUUGUGUCGGCGAUUGAUGACAAUUGACGGGCAGCGGGUCAGCCGUCGGUUGGAAUGCUAUAUAGAGUUUCCACAAACUAGGGAUAGCCGAUGACCCUAUGGUUGAUAUGUGACUUAGACGAAUUAUUAUAGUACGAAUAUACGGGCAACUAAUAUAAGCGGAAGAGAUGAGCCACCUCAGAAUAGACCGCAAAAUUUCAUAAGAGAAGGGCACCUCUUGCACAUUUAAUAAAUAUAUGCAGUAAGUGUAUCGAAGGGAAAAGGGGUGUUUAUUUAAAAGACCAUCUGUGCCCAUAAAUGUGUAUACCACAUGGAUUACGGGGCAAACCUGAAUACGUAACGGCAAAAAGCGUUGCUGACCCGAUCUGAGUUGUCUCCUACGGAGUGAUGAGAGAAUGGAUGAAAAAAUGAAAUCUUGAUUCAAAACAAGGAAGGGAACGACAUAGAUAACUGCUUUAGGUCACGAAACAAUUAAUACAAUGAGAUAAAUAUAUAUGCAUCAUGCAAACGAAGCGAGAAUAGCGGUCGAAAUAGAUCGCCGAGGAUAGAGACAGCGUUGUAAAUAGACUUGAAAACUAGUUGAUAAGAACAAAGCAAAAGAGGAAAGCUGAGUAAGAUCGGAUAUAGUAGUAAUAAUAAUUAUAAUAUUAUUAAUAACGAUAAGAAUAAAUGAUAUAAUUAUAAUAUAGUCGAUAAUAACGCUAAUAAUGACGAUAAGCAACAAAACCACAUAAAAAAUUAAGAUGACACGCAGACAACUUGUACCGAGCAAGGACUUUCCGAAAAAAUUAAAUGGACUAUUAUUAUCUCAAGGAAAUAAUAUAGGACAACUUUAGGCUUCUUGGAACGAGAUCUGGAUGAUGAUACUGAUGAUGAAGGUACAGGAUGAAAAAACUUAGACAAGAAAAUGAUA